AAGGAACCUGCUGGGAGGAGCUCAGGUGUGCAAGAGGGCCAGACAAGACCUGGAGUCGGACAGAGGACUAAUCCAGCUGGAGAGGCACUUCUUAGCAUCGACAGCUCCGGUCAUGUUCAACUACCUGGCAGUAGAGGUGAGACCCCAGUUCCACCGCGGCUUUGGGAGCCAGCAAGGGGUGUCUGGGCCUCUGAAGAGCCGCCUGGAGCAGCUGAAGAAGCCGUGGUGGAGGGAGCCCACCCCGUUGGUGCUCCAGCACAGUGAAACAGCCAGGCUGGCCAUAGACGCCUUUCUGGAGCAGGGGGAGCGCGGCUACCUGAGUGCCAUCGCCGAGGAACGGGAGCUGCCGUUUCUUUCCACCCUGGACAUGGAAUAUAUGAGCCAUCAGAGGAACCAAAGCUUUCCAGAUCCCAGUGCAAUGAAGGACAAAGAGGCUGACCCUGGCGAUGCGGACACUGGAGACAGGUCCUCCCUUGACUCUGAACUAACGUCUGGCACCUACUUUCCACUCAUGUCUGAUGUGCACCCUCCAGAGCUGGAGCUGGGGUGGCCUGGGACGCCGCUGCUCACGGUGACUGGCCAUACUCAAGCCACUGUGAUUUUCCAAAGAAACAAAGCUAACAGCAUUAAGGAUUUGCUCCGGUCUCUGAUCAGCCGGGCGCGGACGGUGAUAGCAAUUGUGAUGGAUCUGUUUACAGACAUGGAAAUACUGUGUGACCUGCUGGAGGCCUCAAGCAGACGGCACGUCCCUGUUUACCUGAUCCUGGAUGAAGAAUACUUGAAGCAUUUUGUGGAAAUGUGCAAUAAAAUGGCCCUUACUCAGGACAACUUCCCAAACAUGCGCGUAAGGUGUCUCAGCGGAGACACAUACUACAGCAAAGCGGGCAAGAAAUUUGCAGGCCAGGUUCUGGAGAAGUUUAUCCUCAUUGAUUGUGACCAAGUUCUUGCCGGUACAUACAGUUUCACCUGGCUUUGCAGCCAAGUCCACACCAGCCUGGUGACCCACUUCCGUGGUCAAAUUGUUGCAGAGUUUGAAAAGGAAUUCCGGUACUUGUAUGCAGAGUCCAGAGCAGUGACCAGCUUCUGCGUGCCAGAUCCUGGAACUUGCCCUUCUUCUCAGAAUACCUCAAAAGUUGCUGACUCUUUUUUAAAACCUGCACAGGUGAACGAUGCUGAAACCUUGAGCCCCUCCAGCAGCCUUUCCAAUGUAAGUGUAAGAAGCAUAAAAAUGUCCCCCUUUCUGAAAAACUCUGGUUGCAACAUACACCAGGAAAAGCAAGAUUCAAACUCUGAUUCUAGUAAAAAGAAGGGGAAGGAAGACACAUCUCUGAAGCUUCCUUGCCCUAAGCAGCAGGGAGAACCACCAGACUCAUGGAACAAUCCUCCAAAUAAAUCCACCCCGGCCUUGUACCACAAAUCACACCUCCUGACAGCAAGGACUUUCUUGCAGCCGGAGACUUCCCCUGCCCUGAGCUCCAAUAAACCUGGUUAUCAAGGAGACGACAAUGCUAACAGCAGCCACUGCUCCCCACCAGGACAGGAGCAGGCGUUGCAGUCCUUUUCAGAGGGUGCCAGUAGCAACGGAACGAGCGCGAAGCAGAAAGAGCCUGCUGCUGCCUCAAGGGAACCGACAGCAGAAAAUGACACCACUUUUUAUGGGAUAGAAAAAAGACAGAGUCCCGGAUAUGGAAAAUUGGACCUGCUAUCCCCAUACAACCCCCUAAAACGAGAUAAAAAGCCCGUAGUUCCUUACUAUGACAGACUCACUGAGGACGUGCUGAUGGAAAAGAACAGCGCGUACGGGGCUGAGAAGAGAAUGACUCUUGGGCACAGUAAGCUGGAUCUGAUCACCAAGUACAACAAGUUGAAAUCUAAACACAUACACAGUCGGUUCGAACUCUGA